AUGGAAGUUGAGAGCAAAGUGCAUACAUUCGCAGCACUGCAGAGCGCAUCUAUGAUGCGUCUCGGUGACCUUUUGAACGCUGCCUCUUACAGUGUGGAGCUCCAAUAUGUCUUUCCAUCUGAUAUGACAACCAGUACUUCAGACGAAGCCGACACAUCAAGCUUCACUUCACCUGUUACCCCUUGCUCUGAUUUGGAGCCUGAGCAACUCACUCGUCUUUCCAACCGGUCACUUGAUUAUCAACAUCAGUAUGCCGAGCCAGACUAUUUUGUAGACCCUUCCCUGCACUCUGAUUCUCAGGACGAUGUCUCUUCAAAGAAGCGAAAGAUCAAGGCACUGAGCACAUACCCAGAGGCAACCACACUUUAUUGCUCUUCUCAUGUCCAUAUCGAAGACCGUGGCCACUCUCAUUUUCGUUCGCCAUCACCUGUAAUGGCAAAAAAAUCGAAACGAUUAGACGAGUCAUGCAUGAAUCAACCAUCAGUGAACAAGCAAUCUCAAGUCCUUCAAAGGUUAAAGCAGAUGCAACGCUCCAGAACCCCAGCGACGCAAAAUCCCACAGCAAGCACACGUCCCAGUUCUGUGAUGCCACCCCCAUUGGGGCAUCAAACUUUCUCAUCUAAGCCAACUUCAUAUUUGAAACCAGCUGCACCCUUGGCGCCUCGCUCUGCUCCAUCAUCCCAUCCACCAGCAGUUGCAGUGGUGGGCUGCACUGCUGCACCAAAACCAGUCCCCUCAGCGUGUCCCUUCCUCACAGACAAGGGCCUGCCCUCAAAGGCUUCAAAGUCAAAGCCAAUGAAUGGCGCUACCAACCUGAUGCAGCCUGUUGGGUUUGCAGCACCCCGUAACACAAAUCCUACAACAUCUUCGCAGUGUAUGACUGAAGUUUCAUGCACCCCCCCUGUUCGCGAGGAUGACACCGACGACGACUUGCUUGAGUCAUCGAGUCGCCAACACAAUUAUAUUGAGAGCUCGCAGUCAGAGAUAUUACAACUUCGCAAAGAGCAAGCCAGGCUCUCAGAUCACCAUGCUGCAACAACAACACGGCUCGAGGGAGAGAUUGAAAGCCUCAUCAAGCACAUUGAGGCCCUUGAGAUAUGUGAACCCACAGCACUUGUUGCCACUGGUGUUCGGAACAAUGCAAUGAAUAGUGCCAUCCGUCAAGUGCUGUUUAAGAUGAUGGGCAUCGAGUUUAAUGAAGCUCUUCCUGACCCUAUGGAUGGGAAGGAUACCUACUGGACAGAAAUCGAUUUGCUUGACGUCGAUGGAACAACAACAGAUGCAGUCAAAGGCAUACCCGAUAAGAUGUUGCGGAGUGUUGCUGGUAAAGUAUUCAAGACGUUAAAGGAGGGCUAUAAGGAGGGAAACAGGCCAAUUGGACUUCAGUCUCUGAAUGUCGCCAUUGCUUGUCGUGAGAAGCGCCAAAUUGAUAAACCCAAACUCGCAAUUGAGGCUUGCAGAAAUAUCCCAGACAUCAAGGACCAGACAUACGAUUUUGCUUUUGCACCAAAAUGGCAGUCGACAGAUUAUAGUGCCUCCAACACUUCACACCAGAGUUCAAGUGACGAGGUCAACAUUGUUGUUAACCAGAGAUGCAAAGCUUACAAGAAGCCAAAGAAGGAGGGCAUCUUCAUGACACAUCCUCCAGCGUGGCGUUCAAAGGAUUAUUGUGCUCUUUCUCAGCUUAUCAAGGACGAAGUUGAAAAGAUUGUUGCAGAGAGGGAGGCUGAUAAGAAGAACUGGAUGAAGAAACGAGUGCCACAGAUUCAAGGUCAACCUCGGCCAGCAGACUCUUUGCCACAACACAACAGCCUCAAGACUCCACAAUGGGCAGUCUCGACACGAUGGCUCAAGAGCCUGAUGCAAGAGGACCGCAAACAGCAGGAGGCACUUAUGACCAAUAAUCACGACGCAGACAUAUCAUACUCCAAAAGCUUGUCAUCCGAGUCAGUUUAG